AUGGUAGCGGACCACUGGAUUGAGAGUAUGGAAACCUACUUUAAGAUGAUAGAGUGCUCUGAGAUAGAGAAGAGGAAGAUAGCUACAUUCUUCCUGAAAGAUGAUGCACUAGAUUGGUGGAAGAGUAUGAGGCAGACGGUAGAUGUGUCUACCUUCACCUGGGAUGGUUUCACGGCUCUCUUCCGAGAGAAGUACUUUCCAGCUACAGUGCAGGAGAAUUUAGAGCUUGAGUUCCUUGCGCUAGCACAAGGGGAUAUGACUAUCAGAGAGUAUGAUACUCGUUUUUCACAGUUGUAUCGGUAUGUCAGGCCAAUGGGUGUGACCUCCUUAGCCCAGAAGUUUCUACGAGGGCUUAAACAAGAAUACAAGACCAUCAUAUCAGCACUAUGUCUGUCUACAAAGGAGUUGAUGUAUGAGAGUGCCAUGAAUUUGGAACAGGUAGAUAAGACUCGAGUAGGAGAUGUGGGAGAUAGAGAUGCUAAGGGAAAAGGCAAGGCAAUCAGUUCAGGCAGCGGGCACUCAGGGCCGAAGGGUGGAUCAUGGAAGAGGCCAAGACCCUACUAUCAGAUUCCGGCUAAGGCAACAUCUCCAUCUGUCAGGACUGCACCUAUUAGACCAUUGGCAUCGGUGAGGUGUUUCGUUUGCAACGAGAUGGGGCACUACGCCAUAGCAUGUCUGAAACCAAAGAGAGCACGCUGCUACAGAUUCGGGGAUCCAGUAUUUCGUUAUCGUUGCCUCAAGUCAGAUAAUGCCAUAAGAACAUGA